ACUGGUUGGAAUUUAAUUGCUCUCAAGUGAGGUCAGCAGGAGGCAUUUAUCUAAGCAGAGUGCACAGCGACAGUGGACGAUGCACAGAGUCAGCCUGCCAGAAUCCGAGAAACAUUCAUGGAAAUUCACAGAAGCUCCCACCUUGGGCUUAACUUUACUGCAUGACUGGGGCUGGUUUACAACUGAGACUGCAGCUUUAGACCUAAAGAGACUUCAAAUUAAAACUCUUGAUGAAAGGGAGCACACCUCUGCCAACUCCUGUCAUCAUUCAGAGCACAUAGACAUCCGGCAUAAUAUUUCCUGAACCGGACGACCAUGUUCCUUGAGGGGCACGAGGAUGGAGCAGCUGAUGCGCACGUCACUGAAGACUGAAAAAGGAGCAUCAUCUCGUAGUACAAUCAACCACCUUCUGUGUUAGUUCUCUCUCCAGCCAGCCUGCUUCACAAAGUCUCCUCCACAGCCACCCUGUCUCACCUCCCCACUAGGAAAGGACCAGAAGGUCACAAGUGAGGAGUCAGGGGAUCCCUGAGCUGAAGAAUAGCGCGCAGAUAUCUAUAUCGCAUUUCAGUAUGUUGUCCAUUGAUCCCCACUGCAUUGUAUUAUAAUGCGCAAAUGGAUGCUGACAUGGAACCUUCAAAAUCUGUUCCCGGGACUGUACCUGCAUGCAAUCUUUCUGUUUGGCAGCGUGUGUGUGGUCUACAGUGACUGCACCCCAGAACAACUUGCUGCCAUCAUGAACUGCUCCAAACAUGAGCGCCACACCAGGAAUUAUGACUAUAUGGAGGGAGGGGAUGUGCGCAUACGGCAGCUGUUCAGCCGCACGCAGUGGUUCCUAACAAUUGAUGACUCCGGCAACAUCAAUGGUACUCAAGACCCCACCAACUGCUACAGUAUCCUAGAGAUCAGGACGGUGUCCGAGGGAGGCAUACUGGCCAUAAAAGGUGUGAAGAGCCAGUAUUAUAUUUCUAUGAACAAGGCUGGACAGCUGCAAGGAAAGAGGAUCUACAACGACAACUGCAACUUUAAGGAGGUUUUCCUAGAAAACUACUUCAAUGCCUACUCCUCUGCCAAGUGGACAAAAAAAGAAAUGUUCAUAGCCCUGUCUCAAAAGGGAAGGCCGAUGAGAGGGAAAAAGACCAGGAGGGAGCAUAUUGCAUCUCACUUCAUCCCUAUGAAAUGCAAGGCGGAAGAGAGGAGAGUGGACUGAAAAAUCAGAACUUGGCUGCAAAUUAUGCAUGAAUUCAGUCACGUUAUAUGUGUUAGCAGACACUUGAAAAGCCAUUACUAACACCACACUCGACUCUCCUCUAGCUGCAGACGAGCUGGGAGCUGUUUUAUAAAUAUUCUCGUUUUCGUAGCAGAAAACAAAAGCUAUCAUUUGGGCAGGUGAAACUAUUCCAAUCAAAAUCAGAAGCUGAAACAAGAAAUCUGGAAAUACCACUAAAGCUAUAGUAUAUUAUUGUUGUUUUGAAUGAAAUACUAUAUUUCUUUAUUAAAGCGUUCUCAUAUAAUACAGUAAAAUGUAUGACACACAGUCAGGACUGUAUUCUUGUUCAGUGAUGAUCAACAUUCAGCCAGGUGAGGACAAGUGCCACAUCACCAGAAUAGUCCAGAACAGGCUUGACUGAGAUGUGCUGAAGCAAGCUGGACUUGUCUUUUUUUCCCCUCCACAGUACAAGUGUUCAGAGCACGCAGAACAUCCAUUUAUCAACCAUCCUGUAAAGGGAGCUGGAGGCAUGAAUACUCAUACUCACACAAUGUAGAAUCACCAGAUAACCUUGCAUGUAUUCGUCUUUUUGGACUGUUGGACAAAAACCAACCCAAAACAUGCAAAGUCCACACUGACAGGCCGCUACUGACUGGCAGGUUCCAACCAUAACCUUCUUGCUGUGAGAAGACCCUUGCACUACCAUGCAAAGCGCACACAAAACAGAGACACAAUGAAUUGCAAUAGCAUUAUCAUUAAAAUUACGCACAUGGGGGCAAUUACUUGUGGGUGACCUGUUUUGUCCUUCCUGCACUGAAGACCAGACUCUGGCCAAAUGCACUGUAGCUGCUCACUAACUCCCUCUUCCUUAAAGUGUGACUUGCUAGAAUAUUCUGCUGCUGCUGCUGCUAAAAAAAAUACCCAACUUAGACCACAAAGUGAACAACAUAAUAAAUGUCAUCAGAGUGAAUAAUCUUGUACACUAAAAGAUGAUAUAUUUAUUUUUUACAGAUGUUUUCUUUAGGUUAAGGAUCAUUCCCAUUUUACUAAGCAUGACAAAGACAAAAAUGCACCAGGAGAUGUAUUUAAUUUCACCACAAUAAUCAAAUACUCACUUUAACGUUUAGACCAGCUCUCUCUUCAUGAUAUCACUGCAAUAUCUCAGUACUAGCUAUAACAUUACAGUACAUUAUUAUUUAUGGCUGUAAGUUAUUUGUUUUCUUUACAUAAAACAUAUGUUGUAUGUUAAGGUGUUCCACUUUCUCAUAAUAUAAUCCACUCGGAUCUUUUACUGUGCAACUGUGGAGAAAGAAGUAUUACAGACUCUAUUCAUUUCACUUUUUUGUCCACCAGGGGGUAUAAAUGAUCAAAUAAA